UCCCGCCUAACUGGACUCCUAGAGUCCAUCAUGUUUUCCCACCAGCCUACGUGGGACGAUUGCCAGCAACUUCUGGGGGUCCUUUUCACCACAGAAGAAAGGGAACGCAUCCUCCUGGAAGCUAGGAAGUUGGUCCCUGGACCGGACGGGCGGCCAACUCAGCUCCCCAAUCUCAUUGAUGAGCACUUUCCCCUUCAGCGCCCAACGUGGAAUCCGAACACUCCGGAAGGUAGGGAGCAUCUGUCCCUCUAUCGCUAGACUCUAAUGGCAGGUCUCCGUGCAGCGGCCAGAAGGCCCACUAAUUUGGCUAAGGUAGGCGAGGUUCUUCAAGGGUCUGAAGAGACUCCCUCUGCCUUUCUUGAGAGACUCAUGGAAGCAUAUAGAAGGUAUACACCCUUUGACCCACAGUCAGAGGAAUUGAGGGGAGCAGUGAGCAUGGCCUUUAUAGGGCAGUCUGCCACAGAUAUACGGCGGAAGCUGCAAAGAUUGGACGGGUUACAAGGGAUGAGCCUGAGGGACCUGGUUAAAGAGGCAGAAAAAGUCUAUUAUAGGGAGACCGUGGAAGAAAAAGAGGCUCGGUUAGAAAAACAAAGAGAGGAAAAAGAAAAAGAGCAGCGGAAACGCCAAAACCGGGAUCUAACACGGAUUCUUGCAGCCGUGGUAAGAGACGGGCCGGGGCCGCGGGGGCGAGGAGGAGGAGGUCGGGGAGGCCGUCCUCCUUUGGGACCAAAUCAAUGCGCCUACUGCAAAGAGGAGGGUCAUUGGAUCAGAGAAUGCCCGAAGAAGCAGAAAGGGCGGGGCCGGCAGGUCCUCGCCCUUGGGGACUGAGGGAGUCAGGGUUCGGACCCCCUCCCCGAACUCCGGGUAAUGUUUGAAGUGGAGGGGACCCCAGUGGACUUUGAGGUGGACACGGGGGCAGUCUAUUCAGCCAUCCAGCAUCCACUAGGCCCUCUGUCUACCUGAAAGUCACUGGUCCAAGGAGCAAAUGGAAGCAGAGAGAGACCCUGGACCACCCAGAGAACAGUCAACUUGGGAAAAGGUACUGUGCAGCAUUCUUUUCUGGUCUUACCUGACUGUCCGGCACCCCUAUUAGGUAGAGACCUCCUGACAAAACUGGGAGCUCAGAUCUCCUUUACCUCUCGGGGCCCAGAAUUAAAAUUUGCCCACCCGAAAGUAGGGGACCUCCAUCUCCUCACGCUAGAACUUCCAGCUGCUGAGGAAUACCGUCUGUAUGGAGCAGUGGCAAAAGCCUCUAUAGCCACUGUUUCACCGUACAACGAGGAGUGGAUUCAUAGGUUCCCUAAUGCGUGGGCAGAGACGGGGGGCCUCGGACUGGCUAAGGAGCAACCCCCGGUGGUGGUCACCCUCAAACCCACCACGGUACCCAUGCGAGUAAGACAAUACCCGCUUAGUCAAGAAGCCCGAGAAGGCAUAAAACCCCACAUCAAGAGGUUUCUGGAACUGGGCAUACUGAAACCAUGUCAAUCAGAGUGGAAUACUCCGCUCCUGCCGGUAAGGAAGCCAGGAACAGAUGACUACAGACCAGUCCAGGACCUGAGAGAAGUAAACUCCCGGGUAAUAGACAUUCACUCUACAGUGCCCAACCCCCAUAACUUCUUGAGUACCUUACCUCCAGGGCGCAACUGGUAUACUGUUCUGGAUUUAAAGGAUGCCUUUUUUUGCCUCCCCCUCCACCCUGAUUCUCAAAAGCUCUUUGCCUUUGAAUGGUCAGACCCUGAGGGAGGGGGAACAGGGCAACUGACAUGGACCAGACUUCCGCAAGGAUUUAAGAACUCUCCAACUAUCUUCAAUGAGGCUCUACACCGAGACCUUCGGGAGUAUCGAGAGACCACCCCUGAUGUCACCCUCCUCCAGUAUGUAGAUGAUCUACUCCUGGCAGCUGAGACUCGGGACACUUGCAAACAAGGGACUGAGAAACUUCUGGAUACCCUGGCCAGCCUGGGGUACAGGGCGUCCGCCAAGAAGGUGCAGAUCUGCCAAAACAAAGUCAUCUUCCUCGGUUACUCCUUGGAGGGAGGGAGGAGGUGGCUCACCGACGCUCGUAAGCGAACCGUGGCCAGCAUACCUGCUCCAACGGACCGCCGGCGGUUACGUGAAUUCCUGGGUGCAGCUGGGUUCUGCCGGCUUUGGAUUCCAGGGUCCGCUGCCAUCACAGAGCCUUUUCUUCCCUUGUUAAAAGAAAAGACCCCCUUUGUCUGGCAGGAAGAACACCAGGCUGCAUUCGAAAAGUUAAAGAGGGUGCUCUUAUCCGCUCCAGCACUCGUUCUCCCGGAUGUGAGGAAGUCAUUCACUUUGUACUUGCAUGAAAAGGGUGGGGUGGCGGUCGGCGUCCUAGUACAAGCCCUCGGUCCGUGGAAAAGACCAACCGCUUACCUAUCCAAGCGGCUAGAUCCUGUGGCCAGGGGAUGGCCAAUCUGCCUAAGGGCGGUGGCUGUGGCAGCCAUGCUGGUGUGGGACUUGGACAAAUUAACUUUGGGACAACAUCUGACUGUUAUAGCUCCCCAUGCAUUGGAGAGCAUUGUCCGCCAGCUGCCUGACCGAUGGCUUAGCAAUGCUGGGGCCACUUAUUAUCAGGUAACUCUGCUGGACCGGGACCGCAUCACCUUUGGGCCCCCAGCUAUCUUAAACCCUGCCACGCUCCUCCCAAUUGCUGAACAAGGAGAGGAGGGAGUGCUGGUUCAUGACUGUGGUGCCAUUCUGGUGGAAGAAACCGGGGUCCGGACAGAUUUAACGGACCAACCGCUGGCUAACCCUGACCUGAUAUGGUAUACAGAUGGCAGCAGUUUCCUAAAUGAGGGCCAGCGGAGAGCGGGAGUGGCAGUAGUGGACAAAAAUAAGGUCAUCUGGUCUAGCAGCCUCCCAGAGGGAACCUCGGCUCAAAAAGCUGAAUUGAUUGCACUCACCCAAGCACUUACCAUGGCAGGUAAACGGGCUACCAUCUACACAGACAGCCGGUACGCAUUUGCAACCGCGCAUGUGCAUGGGGCCAUAUACAGGGAGAGGGGACUGUUAACUUCAGCCGGAAAAGAAAUUAAAAAUAAAAAAGAAAUCAAGGCAUUAUUAGAUGCUGUCAUGCUGCCUUGCGCACUGGCCAUCGUGCACUGCCCAGGGCACCAGAAAGGUGACUCCCCAAUUGCGGUCGGAAACCAGAGGGCUGACCAGGAAGCAAGGGAAGCAGCUCUCCGAGGCACCAGGCACCUGAUAGUCCACCUAUCACCCCCUGAAAGCCCGGUCUCUGAAGAACCCUCGUCCCCCGAAUCCCUGAAGGACACGCUGGAGCGAAUCCACAAGCUGACCCAUCUGGGUAGCCGAAAGUUAGUUCAACUCACUGAAGAAAAUAAAACUCACUCCCCGUCUGAAAGGAAGCAGAUGGCGGAGAAAGUGAUAGCGGACUGCCAAGCCUGCCAACAGGUUAAUGCCUACCCUAGUCGGUUGGCUCCUGGAAAGAGGCUACGAGGAAGUCGGCCUGGCCAACACUGGGAAGUAGAUUUCACUGAAAUACAGCCGGCUAAAUAUGGCCUAAGGUAUUUACUAGUGUUUGUAGACACCUUUACAGGAUGGGUAGAAGCCUACCCCACCAAAAAGGAGACUGCAGCAAUAGUCGGCCUUACCCCUUUUGAACUACUCUUUGGUUGUGCUCCCCCAGUUAAGGACUUAGCCUUCCAGAAAGGGGAAAUCAUGCCUUCCUUCCUAUCUGACAGACUGCGAGCCUUGGCGGUGGUCCAGUACACCCUGUGGAAACAGUUGUCUGCUGCGUACCAGCCCAGUGGAGAUGGUCCUGCCCACCGGUUCCAUGUAGGGGACUUCGUGUAUGUCCGCCGGCACCAGCAUCAGACCCUAGAACCUUGGUGGAAGGGUCCCUAUCAAGUCCUGUUGACGGAGUUGCUGCGUGGAUCCAUGGCUCCCACCUUAAGCCCGCGCCUGCUCCAGAUGUGGAUUUGGACUGGACUGUGGAACGGACUGACAAUCCCCUCAAGCUUCGGAUCCGAUGUGGAAAUCAGCCGAACUAAUCCGCACCAACCUGUGAGCCAAACAUGGCAAGUACUGUCGGGGGCAGGGGAUGUGGUUUGGGAGAAAACCGGUAGGCACUCUCUUUGGACUUGGUGGCCUGCCCUGGAACCCGAUCUCUGCCACAUGCUGGCAGGAGCAGAAGACUUUGACAUCCCAACCACUGACCCGGCAAACCCAGGUGAACCAGAAGUGUGCACCCAAAGUGGACGCUGCCCCUAUUCGCGUUACCCGGCAGGGUGCUGA